GCCCGCGUCCUCUCUGCCUGUUCACCACCAUUCUGUACUCGUUGACCAAAUAGCUCAUUGGAGGGGAUUGAAAGGAAGAAAGCCAUGGCCCAAGUCGAGGGGAUGCUUGCCUCGGCAAUCCUCGAGAAUACGGCCAAAAAGCUCAGAUCUGCCAUGGGAGAUGAGUCCAUGAGGCGUCUGAGCGUCGACGGCUGCCUGGAGGAAAUGCUCAAGACGCUGGAGGACAUACGGGCAUCGCUCGAGGGCGCCGAGAUCCCGUCGCCGCAAGGGGACGCCCAGAUCCCGUCGCUGGAGCCGGUGCGCGGGUGGCUGAGGCUGGUCAGAACGAAAGCCUACGCCAUCCAAGACAUGGUCGACGAUGUGCAGGAGACAAGGACACCGACUACUGCUGGAACGAUGUCCAGGAUGCUUCACUACUGCCGUGGGAAGGAGGACCAUCGCAGCGGAAACAAGAUGAAGGAGAUGCAAAAACAACUGAUGGAGUUACACAAGGAGUGGCACAAUUUCGGAUUUGUUCCAUCGGAUGUUGUCAGUGCACUCCAGAAUGAUAUUCAUGUACCAGAAACAACACUAUCUGAGGCUGAUGAACAGGGAUUUGUUGUAGGAAUUGAUCAAGAUAUAAGAUAUAUAGCAGAUAUGUGUCGGGCGGGAGACGUCGGGAAAGCGCCCUUCAUUCUCGCCAUAUUUGGGAUGGGAGGCGUAGGCAAGACAACGUUGGCAAAAUGUGUUUACAACUGUCGUGAGCUCCAAGAGGAAUAUGAUUCUCGGGCAUGGGUCAAUGUGUCAUAUGAAUAUGACAUGCAUAGAAUUGGAGAGUCUAUAAUUUCUCAACUAUCAGGAGAAGCAGAUAUCUUAAAUGGGGAUAUGGAUUACAUGACGAAGCGCCUUGGGGAGCUGUUUAAUGGUAUGAAGACACUACUUGUUCUUGACGAUCUGCAGGAGGAGGAUCCCGUUCAGUUGGAGUGCUUGAAGUGUAUGCUCAGUGGAGGCGACAAGGACAGUAAAGUGACAAUUAUAGUAACCGGACGCAGCCGACACACUGGGAUGAAAAUUGGUGCUCAUGUAUUGUUCAGUAAGGCUUGUUUGACUGAACAGGAUUCCUUUUUCUUACUGAGUUACAAAACUCUUUUCGACCAAAGAACAGACAAUAUAGAGUUGCGCAUGAUAGCACGUAUGGUUUCGUCUAAGUGUAUGGGUGUACCAUUAACAAUUCAUGCAAUUGGGUGGAUUCUACGGUACAGAGACGCUAGAGUAUGGAGAGCGGUGGAAGCCAGUCUUAUCUGGAAAGAUUAUUGUGAAGAUGGGUCGCCUUUAAGCUACAAAAGUAUGCCAGCCAAUUUGAGGUUAUGCUUUGCUUACUGUGGGAUCUUCUCCAAGGGUCAAAUUAUAGUUAAAGAUGACCUGAUUCAUCAAUGGGUCGCUCUCGGCCUCAUUCAGCCGACUGACAUAUUGUCUACCACACAGCUUGCUGAGGAAUAUAUUAGGAGGCUCUUGAGCAUGUCAUUCCUUCAAGCUACAGAUCCGAGCUACAAAGUCUAUAAAGCUAGUGGAAAGGAUGACAUCUUGUUCACUAUGAAUGAUAAGUUUCAUGACUUCGCUAUAUCAGUUAUGUAUAAUGAGUUAUUUAUUCUGGAUGAUAGCAUGCAAACACGUGAUCUGAAUGAAUAUCGCCAUGCAGUGCUCACUAAUCACGGCUUCAGGCCAAGUCAAUUGAGUUUAUUAUCCAGCAUACAGGCGCUGCAUUGUGUGUGCUGUAGCAAAAUGGAGCUCAUUGAUCAGUCGUUUUCAUUUCCAAGGCAUCUUCGUGUCUUGCGAUUGAAGGCGAGCUUCCUUCAGAAGCUACUACCAGAUUCUAUCUGUCAACUAAGGCACUUGGGGUAUCUGAAUUUAGCAGGAUGCUCUGGGCUAGUAACUUUACCAGAAUCAAUUGGGGAUCUAAUAAAUAUGUUUCAUAUCGAUUUAUCGGGCUGUGCCGGACUAGUGAAUCUGCCCCAGUCAUUUGGGGACUUAAUAAAUUUGCUGUAUCUUGAUUUAUCACGGUGCUACAGACUAAUAGAACUUCCAGAGUCAUUCAGCAAUCUAAAGAAGAUGGAGCAUCUGGACUUAUCAUUCUGGUCUUGCUUUAAAGGGAUUGUGGAAGCACUUGGUGGCCUUAUCAAUGUCAAGAGUUUGAACUUAUCAAACCCUUGUUGUCAUCUUGCUGAUCACUGGCCGCAACUCUUGGAGUUAAAAGAUGUUUGGGGCAAACUCCCCAAACUCCGGUAUUUAAAUUUAUCCAUGUUCCUAAAUCCUAUCUUUUACCAACUACCAGAAGAUGAAAGUCUCAACAAUUACCUCGAAUGUAUCAGUGGCCUUUCCAGUCUGGAGUACUUGGACCUAUCUCAUAACAUAUUUCUUGUUGAUCUACCAGAAAGUCUAGCUAAGCUCAAUAAGUUACAUACACUGGAUAUCUCGGGCUGUGCAAGAGUAGAGAGAGUAGACAAAUGGAUGUUUGAGAUGGAGUCUCUGAAGUCGAUUGUUGUAAGGAACUGCCAGGCUCUUGAAGUUUACCAGUUUGUGGUUUGCUCUUAUAGUAACUGGAGCAGCAACUUUGUACAGCUAAAUGACGUAAGUUGUAAGGAGUUGGAGAUAAGCUGCCUUGAGAAAGUGAAGUCUGUGGAGGAAGCACAGAAUGUGACACUGGUGAAGAAACAAGAGCUUGAAACAUUGAAGCUUUGUUGGUCUGUGGAUACUGAAGGACAUGUGGAACACAAUGAUUUAUUUGGGGAAUUGCAGCCGCCACCUAAUCUGCAGUGCCUUGAGCUACAUGGUUAUAAUGGCGAAACCUGCUUCCCAGCAUGGUGGACAUCGUGCAAUCUCCCUAAUCUUGUAAAGGUUAUUAUGGAGGUCCUUCCGAGGUGCUUGAGUCUGCCACCCCUCCGUUUACUACCCAGCCUGCAAGAGCUUGUUCUUAGAAAGAUGGCCAGCAUCACAAGAAUAGACGAUGCCGGCGACUUGAGUGGUGGCAACAGAGUGCCAUUCAAUAAGGUUGAACUAGAUGAUAUGGAUAGCCUGGAAAUGUUCAACACCACAUGGUACACCAAUGAACUGGUGAUUCAGAAAUGCUCCAAAUUGGUACUUGGACCACUCCCGCCUAGAGCUCAGAGGUUGGUGAUAUCAGACUGCGACCAGGUGAUGUCUUCAUGGAGGAACCAAGGUAGCAGACAUGUUGUGGAGGGCCCUUCUACCCCAGUAACUGAACUGGAGGUCCAAAGCUGCAAUGUGCCUCUAGCUGGUUGGAGUUUGCUUCACUACCUUCCUGGACUCCACAAAUUAACUAUCCACAACUGCAACAAUGUGGCUGCUAGCUCACCAGAAGUCUUUCUGGCCCUGUCCUCGCUCCAGUCACUCUGCUUCUCUGCGUGCAACAGCAUGAGCUCACUUCCACAAGAAUUGGGUUGCCUCGCCUCUCUCAAGGAACUGCAGAUCGUGUCCUGCAAACAGCUCACCUGUUUGCCGGAUAGCAUGCAACAACUCACCUCCCUCCAAUCGAUGCAUUUCACGGACUGUGAAAGCAUCACAACACUUCCAGAAUGGAUUGGAAGCCUCAUUUCUCUUCAGGAACUUGUCUUCGAAAAAUGCCAUGCUAUGGAACAGUUGCCGAAGAGCAUCAAUGGACUGAAAAAACUGAAGGGUCCGCGUAUUCUGAACUGCCCACAAUUGAAAAAAUGGUUUAAAUCAGUGGAAGGCUCAGAAAAGUUUGAUAAAAUCAGACCAAACUAUGAAUAACAUGCUACUAGGGAUCAAAAUCCGAAGGAGUAUCUCGGCUCCCUUAGGCAUUGACCGCUGAGCUCUGAAAUUGUACAAACAGAUAAAAGAAUCCAUGGAGAAAUUUCUAAGUUAAAAUAUAGUAAGAAGGUGUGUUCAUUCAGGCACAGAGACUUCCAGCAAGCAAAACAUGAUCAGAUGCAGCUUUCCUCUGGUCCUUCCAUUUUGUGUAAAGCUCUGGUGAAUCCUAAACGUUGCUGCACCUUUACCUCAAUGUAGUUCAUCACUGCCUCGCAAGGGUACACAAAUCCUCAAUUUGGUCCUGUAAAUUUGAAUUAUGUAUCACUUAUCGAUAAUUGGUGUCAUAUGAUGCAUCUCUUGUUGA